GAGAGAAUUCUAUUUUCCCUGCUCAGUCAUUUCAAUCCUUUUAAGAAAAAAAAAAUUCCUAAAAAUCCAAAAUUCUCCUUCGCAAAGAGAAAAAGAUAGGAAUAUAUAUUUUUUUCUCAGGAAGAGGGAGAAAAUUUGGGUGUCUGUUGUUUGUUUUUCUUUGGGUUAUUGUCAAUGGUUGAAUUAUAGAAAUCGAACCAAAUAUUUCAAAAUUUACCCCUUUCGAGUUUAACAAGGAAGAGAGAACAAAAAUAGCUAACUCAAGAUGCGAUCUUCAAUUUGAUUUUGGCAGUGUGGUUGAAUCUAGGCCGUUUGGUUUUCAAUUUUCGUGAUUGAUUAUUAGACAGUGAAAUUACAGGCAGAAAGGCAAACCCAAAAAAAGAAAGAGAGAGAAAUGCACGGAGGCGAUGAGGUGGUCGCAGCUCCGGCAGGACCGCCACAGCCGUUGGAUUGGAAAUUCUCUCAGGUUUUUGGUGAAAGAACCGCUGGAGAAGAAGUUCAAGAAGUUGAUAUUAUUUCUGCUAUUGAAUUUGAUAAAACUGGGGAUCAUCUUGCCACCGGUGACCGUGGGGGCCGUGUUGUUCUCUUUGAGAGGACAGAUACAAAGGAUCAUGGUGUAUCAAGAAGGGAUCUGGAGAGAAUGGAUUAUCUAAUUAGUCGGCACCCUGAGUUUCGUUACAAGACAGAGUUCCAGAGCCAUGAGCCUGAGUUUGACUACCUCAAGAGCUUGGAAAUAGAGGAAAAAAUCAACAAAAUCAGAUGGUGCCAAACAGCCAAUAGUGCCCUUUUUCUCCUUUCCACCAAUGAUAAAACCAUCAAGUUUUGGAAGGUACAAGAAAAGAAAGUCAAGAAAAUUUCUGACAUGAAUUUGGAUCCAUCAAAAGCUGUAGGAAAUGGCAGCAUUGCUAGUUCAAGUAGUUCAAGUAGCCCUAAACCAUGUCUUGCAAAUGGAAGCUCCCUUGGCGGAUCCUACAACUAUUUGAGCCAUGAUUUCUCUUUCCCACCAGGAGGCCUUCCAUCGUUGCAUUUACCUGUGGUAGUAACAAGUCAGGAGACCAACCUAGUGGCUAGAUGUCGACGGGUAUACGGCCAUGCGCAUGAUUAUCACAUCAAUUCUAUUUCAAAUAACAGUGAUGGAGAAACUUUUAUAUCAGCCGACGAUCUACGUAUAAAUCUUUGGAACUUGGAAAUUAGCAAUCAAAGUUUCAAUAUUGUCGAUGUAAAGCCUGCAAACAUGGAGGAUCUAACUGGUAAGCCUCUUCUAUUUUGGUACUUUAGUCUGCUGCUUUCACUUCUUAAAGUAUAUGCAAGUUCAGUGCUGUUCAAUAUAUUUGCAAAAGUAAUGGUUAUUGUAAUGUCUAUCAUUGCAGAGGUUAUAACAUCAGCAGAGUUUCACCCUACCCACUGUAAUAUGCUAGCAUAUAGUAGUUCAAAGGGCUCAAUUCGCCUCAUUGAUUUGCGGCAAUCAGCUUUGUGUGAUUCUCAUGCCAAAUUGUUUGAAGAACCGGAGGCACCUGGUUCUAGAUCAUUUUUUACGGAGAUAAUUGCCUCAAUCUCAGAUAUUAAAUUUGCAAAGGACGGAAGAUAUAUUCUUAGCCGUGAUUAUAUGACUCUUAAGUUGUGGGAUAUCAAUAUGGAUUCUGGUCCAGUUGCAACAUUCCAGGUUCAUGAAUAUUUACGACCUAAGCUUUGUGAUUUGUAUGAAAAUGAUUCGAUCUUUGACAAAUUUGAAUGUUGCCUAAGUGGUGAUGGAUUGCGAGUGGCAACAGGCUCCUACAGCAAUCUAUUCCGUGUAUUUGGUUGUGCCCCUGGAAGCACCGAGGCAACAACUUUGGAAGCUAGCAAAAAUCCAAUGAGGAGACAAGUUCAGACUCCCUCAAGGCCUUCCAGACCCCUGAGCAGUAUAACACGUGUUGUUAGACGAGGAACAGAAACUCCCGGAGUGGAUGCGAAUGGAAAUUCUUUCGAUUUCACAACAAAGUUACUGCACCUAGCAUGGCACCCAACUGAAAACUCAAUUGCCUGUGCUGCUGCAAACAGCUUGUACAUGUACUAUGCAUAAAAAUGAUCCAAGUAGAAUGUAGUUGCUUGGUUAAAACUUUUUUCGGUUGUUGAUGGCGAAAGCUCCUUUCCCCUCCCCGCCAACCAGUGAGUUAAAGGCUAAAUUGAGUCUUGCACUCCGUGCCCCCUAAAAUCUGUAGCACAUGGUGUAGUCUCAAGAUCAAGAAGCGGCUGUCACAGAUCCAUGAGGAUGCAAACCUAUGAUUGCUCCCGGGUGUGCACAGUUAAUCCUCUUUCUCGUGUCUCAUCCAAAAAUUCCUUCAGUUUGUUCGCAAUUUUCUUCCUUUUUACCUCCUCCUCCCCUUGAUCUUCUUUUAAAAUAGAAGAUGGAGUAAUGUUUUUAGAUUUGUGUUGGGUUGAAGUUAGCAGCAAAUGUGAUUGUAGCUCUCCUACAAGUAAAAACUAAAGGAUGUUCUUCUAUAUUUGCCACUUAGGUUUAAGGUAAAUGUAGUUUUUUUUUUUUUUUUGUUUUACUCAAAAUCAUGGUGGGAAGGAGCUGUUAAUACUGACGGUGCAAUUUUUUUAUUGAUUCUUUUCUCAUGUUUGGAACUUCAUCCUUUAGUUUUAGAUAAAUGUAUCAUUUUUGCUUCUCUUCUCAA